AUGGAACAUCAUACUGGGCUCCCUGGCUCUCGGAAACGCGCCUUCUGGGGUACAACUGAAGCGUCUGAAGCUGGAGAGCCCCAAGCGAAAUACCCUAGCAAUAAGCUAAGAGUGACAGGUGACAUAACGGGAACUGACGACAAUUAUGUUAUAUCAAAUCUGAAGUCUGAUGUGGACGGCCAUCAACUAUGCAAUCAUCAGCCACGGCCUCUUCGUCACCAAUAUAAGGGAGACGAAAGCCUCGUUCUGGUUGGGUUUUGGGGAGCUGGAAAAAGAACUCUCGGAUUUAUUGCAUCGGUAGCACUGCGCCGAGAGUUUGUGGAUUUUGAUGCGAUUUUUGAACGAAAGACGAAACUCUCCCGUGGAGCUUACAUUGCUUCUCAUGGACCGAAAGCAUAUCGCAUUGUGGAGUAUGAGAUAACAGUCGAAGUUUUGAGAACUAAAAAGGAAGGCUGCGUCCUCGCAGGCUUUUUUAUGAUGGCCGAUCGCAGACAAUGCCAAUUGUUGCAUGAACUAUCCAAAACGAACCCCGUUAUUCAUGUCAUGCGUGACAAGGGGGACCUCUUGGAUUCAUUAGGUCAUGACAGAGGGAAGGCCGAGCAUGCAUACGAGAUAAGCAAUAGGCUAUGCGGACAAUAUUCUAAUUUCGAUUAUUUCAACAUGACGCAGCAAUUCACUCCGAACGCGAUAGGACCUCUGAAAUUAAAACAGACCGAACAAGACUUUGUCCGUUUUAUUCGUGGUGUGUUUAAUCAACGACCAUGUCUCGUACGCUCUGCGAAUGCCCUAUCCCGCAGUUAUACAUAUGCCCUACAAGUUCCGGCAGCCUGGUUAGACAGAUCAGACGUCGAUCUUACGGAGUUGGAUUCUGGUGCCGAUUCAAUCAAUCUAAUCUUUGAUCCCAGUUUCGCAGAACAAAAAUGUUUAUCAUCUCUAUCGAGACAGAUUGCUGUUCUGAGACGACACACCAGAGUUCCAAUUAUCUUAGAUAUCCAUGUCCAAAAUGGACUGGAGCAGGCACGCCACGCGGAUAUCUUGCAGCUUGCACUCCGCCAACUCCCAGACAUGAUAACUGUCUCCCUGGACACCGACUAUACUUUGGUUGAUGUCCUCUCUGUGGCUAAGUGCCAUACCAAAAUCAUUGGGACCACACAAUUAUCUGAUCGGUGGCCUACCGAAAAGGAUUCUUUGCGAUGGCAGAUAAUAUACGAUAAAGCAAAUUCCCUAGGCUGCGAUGCCGUCAGGAUAACGCGAAUUCCGACCUCGCCUCUGGAAAACCUUGACUGUAUCAAUUUCAUGAUGCGGAUUAUCCAGCCAUGUGAGAUCCCGGUGAUGGGCUACAACGUUGGACUAAUUGGCAUUACAUCCGUUUGUUUCAGUCCUACCUUAUCGCCGGUUGUCUUGUCCUCAAUGGAACGAGAUGGAGUCACCUUGAAACAAGCACAGCAUGCUCUAUACUCUAGCUUCACCCUACGAAAAAAGAGAUUCGCAAUAUUUGGCCAGAGUCUCUCAUACAGCUUGUCACCAACUAUGCACAAUGCGGCAUACCGUGCUUGCGGGAUGCCACACUCGUGUUAUACCGCCGAAAGCAACCAAUUUCAGGACAUUAACCGUCUUCUGCAAAAUGACGAGAUAGGCGGUCUUGCUAUUGCACUGCCUUACAAAGUGCAGUUCUUAUCCAUUCUCGAUGAGAUGACACCUGAUGUGCGGGAUAUUGGUGCUGUCAACACAGUCGUGGUGGACCGACAACACGACCGAGACGGGACACUGAAAACGUUCUUGAAAGGAUAUAAUACGGACCACAUGGGAGUACGGAUCUGCAUGGAGAGGAAUCUGUCGCCGGCGAAUGUUAUCACUAGUGAAACCAGUGUACUGAUUCUCGGAGCUGGGGGAAUAGCACGAGCCGCAAUAUAUGCCUGUUACCAGGCUGGUGUCAGAAAAAUAUGCAUUUUCAAUCGAACUUCAAGUAACGCACGACAUCUUGCGGAGCGUUUCCGCCAAUGGGCCACCUCUCGCGCAAGUACUCCACUGCAUAUAGUUGUGCUAGAGUCAUUGAACGCUCCCUGGCCCUCAAACAUGUCUCAACCAACUAUUAUCAUGUCUUGCAGACCCGCGCACGAGAUUGGAGGGCAGGAACCUCCAGCAUUCGAUAUCCCCGAGCAAUGGCUGGGGAGCAAAACCGGUGGCGUCUUUAUCGAGCUUGCAUAUGAACCUCUAGUUACCCCCCUCAUGAAACAAAUGAUACAAAGGUCAUCACGCGGAUGGAUCGUUGUUGAUGGAUUAGAUGUCCUUGUCGAGCAGGGAAUUGCUCAGUUUGAGAUCCUGACUGGUCGACCGGCUCCUGUUCAUGUUAUGAAACGCGCCGUUAGAGAGCAGUAUCAGGCUACGCGCGGGUCUUAUGAUCGACACAACUCGGGAUGA